ACGAGAUUGUUUUGCGAGGGAGAUGAAAAACUUGAAAUUACCUAGUGGCAGUAGCCAAAAGAAGAAGAAAAAGUAUGUGUACUUCGAUCAACUGCUGUUCCUCACUGCGAACAACACUGACAGGAGGACAACCACCAAUGUUCCUGAUGAGCAACCCGACAUUGGAAACGAAAAUGCGGCUACUGAAGAAAACAACGAAGAUUUGACUGAGGUAGUUGCUUCAGAACCAGCAACACCUAACCAAGUAGCGCCCAACCAAGCAGCGCCUAACCGUAUCAACAAAAAAUAUCGACAGACUCCCUUUGAAAUGGCCGUACUUAAACAUUUGACAAAUGCAAGCAAGCCAACGGAUGAAGAAGAAGAAGCUGAUAAGCACUUUCUACUAUCCUUUUUGCCUAUGUUAAAAAACCUUCCUGUUGACAAAAAAUUGUGGGUUCGGAUGAAAUUUACGGAAGUUAUGCAGCAAGCCUUGGCAGUAGAACGCUAUAACCCUCCCCCUGCAUUUUUUGCCCACUCAAGUCACCAGUGGCAGCAGCUACCAAACGUCCCUAAUCAUCCCCAAUAUAACUACCCUAAUUGGACGGAUGCUUCUCCAAGAGAGCGCCAGGCUAACAUUCAGUCCCCUACACCCUCUGAAUCGCUUAGUAACAAUAAUUCGGAUGUGUUUAGUGUUUUUGAAGAAUUGUAAUUGGACUGGACACCUUCAUUGCAAAAGUGUUAAUUAUUUUUACUGCAUUAUUUAAAUGUAAGAUUACAUAACCUCUUGCAUUACAAAUAUUACUUGUUUGAUUU